GUCAUUCGUGUGUCAUCUUCAGAGGAGAAACGACGAAUAUUAGGUAUAAACUAGUCAGGCAUAAAAAAUAUAGCGACAAUUAAAAAGAAAAUUAAUUAUAAACAAGUCUAUUGAUUGGUGCGUGCAAUGAUAAAAAUCGAGUAGUGUCCUCUUAUAUAACUAAAGAGAAAAUUGCAAUAGAAAAACAUGUUUAACUCCUUUUUUCGGAAUUGGCUGGCGGUCGAAGACCCACCGAAUAAAGUUAUAGAAGUCAGAUCUGACAAUUAUAUUUCGAGACCAAUACAUUACAGGGAUGAUUCAAUGCUUAUGUAUGGACCAAAGAAUCCCUCCGAUGGGAAAAAUAAUAAGGAUAAGUGUUACGAAAUUGUUCUACACAAACCUUUCACUGAGAGCUUACACCAAAUGUACAGCUUAUUCCGUUCAGAAAAUAGAGAAGAAUGUGAGGAAAAGUUUAUAAUAUUUAAAGAAAGGAUUCCUGUGUAUAUUAAAGUAACAAAGGAGUGUACUGUACCAAGCCUUCAGAAGCUAUGUGAUAUAUUAAGUGAGCACAAAUCAUGGACAGUGGCUCACAUGGUCGCACAUUUUGGACAAUAUGAGCUUCUCAAUGAGUCCGAUGUGCAAAAACACAUUGAUGAAGUGGAUCCUGCAACUGGUGCUACAGCGCUGAUGAUAGCAAUAAAAACUGGUAAUGUCAGAAUGGUGCAAAGUUUGCUUUCAAUGAAGUGCUCUCUCAAUAUAAUUGAUCUCGAUGGGAACUCUGUGUUUCAUUAUGCAGCUGCAAGCAACAAAGAAGUUAUUAAUGCAUUGGCAAGCAAAACAUCAGAAUCUUUGAAUAUAUUCAACAAGCAAGGUUACACUCCUCUACACAUGGCUUGCCUCGCGGAUGCGCCUGACUGUGUGCGGGCGUUGCUGUUGGCUGGGGCUGAUGUUAACUUGACUGCCGCUUUGAAACGUACCACUGCGAGUACCAGUCAGGCAAUUCCAGGCAUCGUCGGUGACGUGGUCCAAGACAGCCGACCCAAGUUAUUCCAAGAGGACAUGAAACGCGGUGGCACGCCUCUACACUGGGCGAUAUCCCGCGAAGUGGUCGAAGCGUUGGUCGACAAGAACUGCGACAUAAACGCCCUAAACUUCGACGGGAGAACGGCCCUUCACAUUAUGGUGCUAAGGAGCAGAUUGGAAUGCGCCACCGCGCUGCUGUCCCGAGGCGCAGAGCAUUCCAUCGGUGACAAUGAGGGGAACACACCACUGCAUCUCGCCGUGAAACAAACGAACGCGUCGAUAGUGCAAGCGCUUAUUGUGUUCGGUGCGGAGUUGGAGGCGAGGAACAAUGCCGGGCUGACUGCCAGGCAUUUGGUGCCGACCGAAAUGUCGAAUAACAGCAGUUAUGAUAAGAUCUUGUAUUAUCUACACGCUGUUGGCGCGAAGAGGUGCGAAUCCGACGUGCCGGGGUGUGGUCCGUCGUGUUCCUCUCGCGGCGAGUACAACGGUGUGCCGCCGCCACCGCUCGCUCGAGCGGCGACGCGUGAAAUGAUUAGUGAUAUGCUCACUGCUGCUACUAUGGACAGAGCCGCCACGUUGGGCACGAGCAAGAAUGAAGGCCGCUUACUCUGCCUAGACGGUGGCGGAAUCCGGGGCUUAGUGCUCGUUCAAAUCUUGCUAAACCUAGAAGCAGCGAUUGGCAAGCCGAUAAUACACUGCUUCGACUGGGUCGCUGGCACCAGCACUGGCGGUAUUCUGGCAUUGGCAUUGGCCACUGGCAAGACGUUGAGGGAAUGCCAGAGAUUGUACUUCAGGAUGAAGGAGUUUGCGUUUGUUGGCAUGCGGCCGUACCCCUCGGAAGCUCUUGAGAGCAUUUUGAAGGACUGCUUGGGUACGGACACUGUAAUGGCGGAUAUCGAUUAUCCCAAAUUGAUGAUAUUGGCGGUGCUAGCGGACCGGAAGCCGGUGGACUUGCACAUUUUCAGAAAUUAUCAAUCCGCUGAAGAUCUCCUCUACGACUUUAAUGGGACAUCCAGUCCCAAAGCAGAAGCGGGUGACCACUCCACGGUGGUGGUGCUGCCGGAGCCGCCGCCGCCCGCCGAGCAGCUCGUGUGGCAAGCGGCGCGCGCCACCGGGGCUGCGCCCUCAUACUUUAGGGCUUCCGGCAGAUACCUGGACGGCGGGUUAAUGGGCAACAACCCGACCCUGGACGCGCUCACCGAGAUAGCGGAAGUGCGGCUCGCGCUGGAAGCCACCGGCCAGCACGAAGCCGCCAAGAAGACGCACCUUAAAGUCGUCGUUUCUUGUGGAACGGGUAUGGUUCCAGUGACGAAGUUAAAGGAUAUAGAUGUGUUCAAACCAGAGAGUUUGUGGGACACGGCUAGACUGGCGUUUGGUCUAUCAUCUAUCGGCAAACUGUUAGUUGAUCAGGCGACGCAGUCGGACGGGCGCGUGGUGGAGCGCGCGCGCGCGUGGUGCGCGGCGCUGGGCGUGCCGUACUACCGCUUCUCGCCGCCCAUGUCCUGCGACACGGCGAUGGACGAGCGCGGCGACGCGCCGCUCGCCGCCAUGCUGUGGGAGGCGCACGCCUACAUGCGCGAGCGCCGCGACCGCGUGCGCGAACUCGCCGCGCUGCUCGCCGAUUGAAAUUAAAAUGAUCUCCAGCAAAACAUGACCACACAAUGAGCAUAAUAUAAUCAAUCUAUAAUUGUUAUCUCUAAUCCUUCGAUUUGUAUGCACAAACUUAUACACCAGUGUAUAUUGCAUAGAUAGUGGGUAUUUAGAACAGAUCUUUUAUAUUAGAACGAUAUAACGUUAUAAUAUAGUCUUCAAGACAUCUAUAGUCUACAAUAUAAUAUAUUCUAAAAUAUUUGGAUAGUAAGACCAGCGAGACGGAAUAAAAAAUGAUAACAAUCUCAUCGUUACCACAGAUAACAUAAGACAUAAUAACAAAUAAUUAGUAUUUUCUUGUGUUUGAUUUUACGCGAGUGUUGUGCAU